AUGGUGUCUAUCUCAAGCGCUGCUGAAGCCGUGGCGAGGAUCGCCUACCUCACCAGUGAUACCGUUCUCUCCGUGCAGCCCUCGCUGCAAAAUGACUCAUUGUUCUCCAAGUCGCUGAAGGCCCUCAAGUCAAACAAGACGAGCAACCUCUCUUCAAAAGUCACCGAGGUCCAAGCUGUGCGCUAUAAUGAAGAUCCCCUCCUGUCCGCCUUCACUCCCCUUCAGAAUGGCGAGACUAUCUCCGUCGUCACCAGCUCCUCAGUCCUGAUCACCGCCGUCCCUCACCUUUACCGUCUCGCCAACAGCCCCGUGGUCAUCCACGUUGCUCUGGAGCCCUCUCCGUUCCCCGACUACUCCGCGAUCAGCUCCAUCCGUCAGUCCGGUUUCACAUUCCUCCACUCAGAGACCGUGCAAGAAGCCCAGGACAUUGCUAUCACAGCCCAUGCGCUUGCUCACAAGUCUGGAAAGGGUGUCAUCCACUUCUUCGACCCCUCUAACUCGGCCAAGGACCCCUCUAUCCCCGAAGAAGACAUUGAGGUCGUCAAGAAGGUUCUCAACAUUGGUGGAAAUUCUGCCACCUCUGCUGGUACCCAGACUCUUUACGCUGACUCCGGUCGUGUGGCCACAGUCACCGCAGAGACCGUGGGUACUCCCCCUCCGGCCAACCCGAUUGGCUCCUCGCGGAGAGACAGCAGUGCUGGCAGUGAGACCCCGAGCUCAACCGCGACGACUGUGGACAGCGCCACCAUCCGGCCUGUUAACGCGGGCGAUAUUUUUGAUUGGACAGCUCAGAUUUGGAACGCUCUGUUCGAAGAGGUGGGCCGCAGAUAUAAUGCCAUCGAGUACACCGGUGUUGCUGAUGCUAAGUCUGCUAUCUUCGUUUUUGGCUCUACUGGAGUCUUCGUGGAUGCUCUCGCCAAUGCUGGUGCCAACCCGGAGUUGGAGAACAUUGGCCUGAUCACUGCUCGCCUGUACCGCCCCUGGGUUGGUGGACAGAUUUCCAACUCUAUCCCUAGCUCCGUUGAUAAGAUCGCAGUUCUUGAGCAGGUUCGCAAGACCACCCGAUGGGGUCCUUCGUUCAUGGACUUGUUGUCCAGCCUCACGCCCUCUGGCGCUCGCGAUCAGCCUCCUCGUAUUGUCGGGUACCGUCUCGGAUAUAUUGAGCCCUCUACCGCUGUCCAGGCCCUUCGUGGUGUCUUGCAGAACCUAAACUCCGCUUCUCCCAUCCAGAACCUUGACAUCGGGAGCUCUCAGGUUCCUGCUGUUCAACACGCUCUCGAGCAACCUCGCAUCGAGAACGCUUACUUGAAGAUUUUGAAUCAGCUCUUUGGCGAGCGCCUCCACAUUGCCAACCAGCUUGGAUCCAAUAACGCUGGUAUCUCAAGCACUAUUGCCGCAAGCCCCGAGUUUGGAUUUGGUUCGCUGCUAGCUCGCCAGGAGCACCGCCAGCGCUUCAUCCGGGAGACUUGGUUGUCUCGCUGGGCUCUGAAUGUGAAGGAAGCCGCUAAGGCUAACAAACUGGCUCCUGAUGUGAUUAGUCGCCUCUCCAACGAUGGCUCCGCGAUUUCCCGCCAACUUCUGCAGUCCAAGCAGCUCUUCUACGAGGAGUCCGACUGGCUGGUCGGCUCCGAUGCCUGGGCUUACGAUCUGGGCAACUCCGGUGUUCAUCACGUUCUCGCAUCUGGCGCGAACGUGAACAUGCUCAUCAUCGACUCCCAACCCUAUUCUGAGCGCGCUGCAUCUGAUGCUACUCGCCGUAAGAAGGAUAUUGGUCUCUAUGCCAUGAACAGAGGUAACGCAUAUGUCGCCUCGGUCGCUGUUUACAGCUCGUACACCCAGGUUCUUCAGGCCAUGUCCGAGGCUCAGCAGUUCAAGGGUCCCUCGGUUGUUGUCGCCUACCUGCCUUACAACCAGGAGAAUGACUCGGCACUCACAGUGCUGCAGGAGACCAAGAAGGCUAUCGAUCUCGGCUACUGGCCCCUGUACCGCUGGAACCCCGAUAACGAGGAGAAGGGUGAGCCAAAGUUCCAACUUGACUCCGAGCGCAUCAAGCGUGACCUGGAGGAGUUCCUCCCGUCGGGACAACCAGCUUACCCAGCUCAUGAACCGCCAACCCAAAAGAGAAACGCCAAGGACUCCUACGAGAAGCUCUUGGAUGGUUUGUUCGGUGCCCCUCUCACCAUUCUCUUCGCAUCCGAUGGCGGUAACGCCCAGAACCUCGCUAAGCGUCUUGGCAACCGUGGUCGCGCCAGAGGUUUGAAGACCAUGGUCAUUGCUAUGGAUGAGUUCCCGCUUGAGGACUUGCCCACUGAGGAGAACGUGGUUUUCAUCACCAGUACUGCAGGCCAGGGUGAAUUCCCUGUGAACGGUCGUAGUCUCUGGGAGCAUGUGAAGAACGCCGGUGAUCUUGAUCUGUCCACCAUCAACUAUUCUGUUUUCGGUCUUGGUGACAGCCACUACUGGCCCCGUAAGGAGGACAAGAUCUACUACAACAAGCCUGCCAAGGAUCUUGAUGAUCGUGUCGCCUUCCUGGGUGGUCGCAAGCUCACCGACAUUGGCCUCGGUGAUGAUCAAGACCCGGAUGCCUACCAGACCGGGUACUCCGAAUGGGAGCCCCGCUUGUGGAAGUCUCUGGGUGUUGAUAAGGUGGAAGGUCUCCCUGAGGAGCCUGCCCCGAUCACCAACGAGGAUAUUAAGAUCAACUCUAACUUCCUUCGCGGCACCAUCGCUGAGGCUCUUCUUGACGAGAGCACUGGCGCUAUCCCCGCCAGUGAUCAGCAGCUGACCAAGUUCCACGGUACAUACAUGCAAGAUGACCGUGACCUCCGUGAUGAGCGCAAGGCCCAAGGUCUUGAGCCUGCCUACAGCUUCAUGAUUCGCUGCCGUCUGGCCGGUGGUGUCGCUACCCCCAAGCAGUGGCUGCAGAUGGAUGCCAUCAGUAGCUCACACGGUAACGAGACCAUGAAGCUCACUACCAGACAGACCUUCCAGUUCCACGGUGUCAUCAAGCGCAACCUUCGUGGCGCCAUGCGUGCCAUCAACAACUCCAUGAUGGACACACUCGCUGCCUGCGGUGAUGUUAACCGUAACGUUAUGUGCAGUUCUCUCCCCGAGUUGUCCUCCUUCCACCGUGAGACCUGGGCCAUCUCUUCCAAGAUCAGUGAACACUUGCUUCCCUCAACCACUGCCUACCACGAAAUUUGGCUGAAGGAUGACAACGACAAGAAAGUUCAGGUUGCUGGAGAUGCUGUCGUUGACCACGAACCCCUCUACGGUCCUACCUACCUCCCCCGCAAGUUCAAGAUCACCAUUGCCAUUCCUCCUCACAACGACACUGAUGUCUACGCCCACGACAUUGGCUUGAUUGCCAUCAAGGGUGCCGAUGGCAACCUCGAAGGUUUCAACGUUCUGGCUGGUGGUGGAAUGGGUUCCACUCACAACAACACCAAGACCUACCCCCAGACUGGUCGCAUGUUCGGAUACAUUCCCAAGGAUAUGGUCCACAUUGCAUGCGAGAAGAUCAUGCUGGUGCAGCGUGACAACGGUGACCGCAAGAACCGCAAGCACGCCCGCAUGAAGUACACCAUCGACGAUAUGGGCGUUGACGCUUUCCGAAGCGAGGUCGAGAAUCGUCUUCCCGACGGCCUCAAGUUCGGCGAACCUCGCCCCUUCGAGUUCAAGUCCAACGUCGACACCUUCGGCUGGCUUAAGGAUGAUACUGGUCUCAACCACUUCACCUUCUUCAUCGAGAACGGUCGUAUUGAAGAUACUGCCGAUUUCAAGAUGCGCACUGGUCUUCGCGAACUUGCUGAGAUGGGCAAGGGUGAGUUCCGUCUGACCGGUAACCAGCACCUGAUGAUCUCUCGCAUCACCGACGAAGACCUCCCCGCCAUCAAGGAGCACAUGGCCAAGUACAAGCUUGACAACACUGCUUUCUCUGGCUUGCGUCUGUCAUCCUCUGCUUGUGUUGCCUUCCCUACCUGCGGUCUUGCCAUGGCCGAGUCUGAGCGCUACCUCCCCGUUCUGAUCUCCAAGCUCGAGUCCACCCUUGAGGAGUGCGGUCUUGCUCGUGACAGCAUCGUUAUGCGUAUGACUGGUUGCCCCAACGGUUGUGCUCGUCCCUGGCUCGCCGAAGUUGCCUUUGUUGGAAAGGCCUUCGGUGCAUACAACAUGUACCUGGGCGGUGGCUACCACGGCCAGCGCCUGAAUAAGCGCUACCGCUCUUCCAUCAAGGAGGACGAGAUCCUUGAGAUCAUGAAGGGCCUCCUCAAGCGCUACUCUCUUGAGCGUGAUACCGACGGCGAGACCCCUGAGCGUUUCGGUGAUUGGUGUAUCCGUGCUGGUGUCAUCAAGGCUACCACUGACGGAAAGAACUUCCACGAUGGCGUUGCCGAAGAUGAGGAAGAAGAGUAA